CAAUCGCGCUCAAACGCGCGCAUCCCUGUAAAGUGGACAAGGACUGCAAGCGAAAGUAGAGGGAGAAAGCAGGAGGAGUGGCGGUGGCUGCAAGAAGCAGAGUGUUCAUUGCAGAUUAAGUAUCGCUGCAGUCCUCUGGCGUGUUUGUUGGUAGCUGAUACCUUUUGACGAAAGGAUUAAGGAUUCGUUUGGAGAAGUGUCUGAGAUGGAGUGGCACCCGGACGAGCAGGGACUCCACCAGGUUCUUCAACUCCUGAAGGAUUCGCAGUCUCCGAACACAGCAACGCAGAGGGCUGUGCAGGAAAAACUGGAGCAGCUGAACCAGUAUCCUGACUUCAAUAAUUAUCUCAUAUUUGUCUUAACAAGCCUGAAAUCUGAAGAUGAGCCCACUCGCUCUCUCAGCGGCCUGAUCCUGAAGAACAACGUAAAAGCCCACUACCAGAACCUUCCGCAGGCCGUGGCUGACUUCAUCAAGCAGGAGUGCCUGAACAACAUCGGGGACCCUUCGCCCCUCAUCCGGGCCACCAUCGGGAUCCUUAUCACGACCAUCGCCUCCAAGGGGGAGCUUCAGAUGUGGCCUGAGCUUCUCCCUCAGCUGUGUAACCUGCUGAACUCUGAGGACUACAAUACGUGUGAGGGCUCAUUCGGUGCCCUGCAGAAAAUCUGUGAGGACUCCUCAGAGCUGCUGGACAGUGAAGCCCUGGAUCGGCCCUUAAACAUCAUGAUCCCCAAGUUCCUGCAGUUCUUCAAACAUUGUAGCCCCAAGAUCAGGUCCCACGCCAUCGCCUGCGUGAACCAGUUCAUCAUCAGCCGCGCUCAGGCACUGAUGGACAACAUCGACACUUUUAUUGAGAGCCUGUUUGCCCUGGCAGCAGACGAGGACUGCGAGGUGAGGAAGAACGUGUGCCGAGCCCUGGUGAUGCUGCUGGAGGUCCGCAUCGACAGACUUAUCCCCCACAUGCACAGCAUCAUACAGUACAUGCUGCAGCGCACGCAGGACCCUGAUGAGAACGUGGCCCUGGAAGCCUGCGAGUUCUGGCUCACCCUGGCGGAGCAGCCCAUCUGCAAGGAGGUGCUGUCCAGCCACCUCCUCCAGCUGACCCCCAUCCUGGUGAACGGGAUGAAGUACUCGGAGAUCGACAUCAUCCUCUUAAAGGGAGACGUGGAGGAGGAUGACACGGUGCCCGACAGCGAACAGGACAUCAAGCCGCGCUUCCACAAGUCGCGCACUGUCACACUGCAGCACGAGGGCGGGGGUGGGGGUGGCGGUGGCGGCGGCGAGGAGGGUGAGGAUAUUGACGAGGACGAGGACGAUGACGAUGACACGCUGUCCGACUGGAACCUCAGGAAGUGCUCAGCGGCCGCCCUGGACGUCCUGGCCAAUGUGUUUCGGGAGGAGCUGCUGCCUCACCUGCUGCCCCUGCUGAAGGGGCUCCUCUUCCACCCCGACUGGGUCAUCAAGGAGUCCGGUAUCCUGGUGCUGGGGGCCAUCGCAGAAGGCUGCAUGCAGGGCAUGGUGCCCUACCUGCCCGAGCUCAUCCCCCACCUCAUCCAGUGCCUAUGUGAUAAGAAGGCCCUGGUUCGCUCCAUCGCCUGCUGGACCCUCAGCCGCUACGCCCACUGGGUGGUCAGCCAGCCGCCCGACUCCUACCUCAAGCCGCUCAUGACGGAGCUGCUCAAGAGGAUCCUGGAUGGGAACAAGAGGGUGCAGGAGGCAGCCUGCAGCGCGUUCGCCACCCUGGAGGAGGAGGCCUGCACAGAGCUGGUCCCCUACCUCAGCUUUAUCCUGGACACGCUGGUUUUUGCCUUUGGGAAAUACCAGCACAAGAACCUGCUCAUCCUGUACGACGCCAUCGGCACGCUGGCCGACUCCGUGGGCCACCACCUGAACCAGGCGGAGUACAUCCAGAAGCUGAUGCCCCCUUUAAUCCAGAAAUGGAAUGAGCUGAAAGAUGAAGACAAGGACCUGUUUCCCUUGCUGGAGUGUCUGUCCUCCGUGGCUACAGCCUUGCAGAGCGGCUUCCUACCCUACUGCGAACCGGUGUACCAGCGCUGCGUCACCCUGGUGCAGAAGACUCUUGCUCAGGCCAUGAUGUACAUCCAGCACCCAGACCAGUAUGAGGCCCCCGACAAAGACUUCAUGAUCGUGGCUCUGGACCUGCUGAGUGGGCUGGCUGAGGGCCUGGGGGGGCACGUGGAACAGCUGGUGGCCCGGAGCAACAUCAUGACCCUGCUCUUCCAGUGCAUGCAGGACACCAUGCCGGAGGUGAGACAGAGCUCCUUUGCGCUGCUUGGCGACCUAACCAAGGCCUGCUUCCCUCACGUCAAGCCCUGCAUUGCGGAGUUCAUGCCGAUCCUUGGAACCAACCUGAACCCAGAGUUCAUCUCCGUGUGCAAUAACGCCACCUGGGCCAUUGGUGAGAUCUGCAUGCAGAUGGGUGCUGAGAUGCAACCCUAUGUGGGUCUGGUCCUCAACAACCUGGUGGAGAUCAUCAAUAGACCCAACACGCCCAAGACUCUCUUGGAAAACACAGCCAUCACAAUUGGUCGGUUGGGGUACGUGUGUCCACAGGAGGUGGCCCCCAUGUUGCAGCAGUUCAUCCGACCUUGGUGCACGUCCUUACGGAACAUCCGAGACAACGAGGAGAAAGACUCCGCCUUCCGGGGGAUCUGUGUGAUGAUUGGCGUGAACCCCGGGGGCGUCAUCCAGGACUUCAUCUUUUUCUGUGACGCCGUGGCAUCCUGGGUGAGCCCCAAGGAGGACCUGAGAGAGAUGUUCUACAAGAUCCUCCACGGCUUCAAGGACCAAGUGGGCGAGGACAACUGGCACCAGUUCUCGGAGCAGUUCCCCCCCCUGCUGAAGGAGCGGCUGUCCGCCUGCUACGGCGUGUAGCCCCCCCAGGGCACGUCAGGUGUCCUGAAGGGAGGGUUGCUGGGAAGUCGUUCGUCUCCGUGUAUUGCACUGCCCCGGUCGUGGGGGAGCGGGACCCCUGCAGCCGGCUCCACCAGACGGAGCCCACCCCCAUGUGUCUGUGAUGAAGGGGGG